UUUUUACUUUAUCUGUGGCUCGUCAUUCGUGUCAGCUGUCAAACGUCUGUCAAAGCAAAUUAAAAAGGAGUCGAAAAUAAACACUUGUAAAAAUAUUUAUUAUAUCAAUUCAAAACUAUCAUCAUGGCUUUAGUAGCUUAUGACAAUAGUGAUUCUAGUGAAUUUGAGGAUGAAGAUAACGAAGGAGCCACAGCUUCUGUAGUUAUUUUAAACAAGAAAAAAGAAGAACCAUCAAUAGCAAAACCAGAAUCAGGGGAUAAUGUGGGAUUGCAAACCCAGAGUUUGUUCAACCUGCUUCCCCAACCUUCAAACAAAAAGCCCGCCGUGUUAGAGGAAGACGACGAAUUCUUACACAAAAAAGAAACUGACAUCCCUAUCGUGAAGCCUAAAGCUAAAAUUACAGUACCCUCACUCAGUGAUUUUAGAGAUGUAGAAGACACAGCUCCUGCAGCAAAACCCAAGAAAGUGAAUGGAAAAAAGUCAGGCCUGCUAAGUAUACUACCACAACCAAGAAAUGCGGUGUUAGCAACAACAAAAUCUUUAAUACCUCAUGUGCUCACACAAAAACCCAAACCGAAUCCAACUGUAAAGAAAAAAGAGCCUUUGCCACCAAUUAAAAAAGAUAAACCAAGCCUGGCCAUAGACUAUUCAGAUGACAGUGAUGAUGAAGUACAGAAUGAUUUCUUCUCUAUUAACAAACCAGUGGAACUGCCAGAAGACAUGCCGUUGGACAUUGACGAAAAAUACAGUUUGAAAAAAGAAGAAAAUGUUACAGCUCCUAAGCAGCCAAGGGAUAUUCAAUCCUAUUUCAAGGCUGAUACAGUGGAGAAUGAAGUGCAGCCUGAAUACUCUGAAUCUAGUAGUUAUGGUUAUCAAUAUGAGGCUAGCUCUGAGUAUGGGAAUGGGUACCCAGCACAGGGAUCAAGUAAUGAUGCAUUAGAUGAAGAGGCGAUCAUGAAACUAUGCGGCGCUCGCGGCAAACGCAAGCGCGAGGACAUCCAAAUAGUGGACAUCAACCAGAGCGAGGUCCUCGCCGACGCGAGGGAGUGGCUGGCCAAGGGACUAACAGAUGACACAAGCAAGCGAGUGUCUAGCAGCAAGAGGAAAGGCAACGAGCCCACCAGCCAGCAGAAGAGGAAGCACCAGAUCACCUAUCUCGCUCACCAGGCCAAAGCGAACGAGGUGGAGCUGCAGAACCAAUGGGCCAACAACAGGCAGUCCAAGCGGCAGACUCAAUCCAAAUACGGGUUCUAGUGAGCUUUAUCAAGAUCAUGUAUGGAGCGUGCAUUGGACAUCUUACAUUGGAGUCAUUAUGUGGCAUUCCAUGCCUAAAGGGUCUUUAUGCUCCAUAUGCAUAAGGACCCUUUUCUCACGGAAGGCCACAAACGCCUGGAGUUUGAUUAGACAACAAUCUAACAACAACAACAGUUUUAUAACAACCCCACAUGUGGAAUGACUGUGUUGCAAUUUAUUGAUACCUGUUGUUUCAGAUGCUAAUUAUUAAUCUGUAAAAAUGUUGUUUGUAAUUUACUAAUUUGCACAAUUAAAUGUCUUCAUGUUAGGUUAUAUUAUAAUUGUAAAUAAAAUAAAUCUUUUUUAAUAAAGAUUUUUAUUUUAAA